UUGGGAUGGGACCUGAUCCCCCCGCGCCAAAACCCCCGCAGCAGCAGUAAAACAUCACCGCUAUGACGACUCCAGCGAGUCCGAGUCCGUCCUCACCGCCUCCGCAACGCCCACACCCCCCAGACCUAUACGCGCUCGACCACACCAACACGCCGCAAAUAUGGAGCGCGCUGCUGACCUCCCGCUUCCCCUACAAGCCAUCGAGCUUCCUCGCCUCACUGCACCAAAUGUUCGAGCAUCCCGAACACAACACGUCGUGGAUCCUGCGGUCGGACACACUCACGCCCAGUGAAUCCGAGCAGCCACGCUCCAUCACACUCCCGUCAUUCGCGACCACGCGCACGCUCCUCCGGCGCUUCGUCCCGCGCAACCCUCACCGCGACGCGCCGGCCCUCCAAUCCUGCCACUUCCUCACGCACGCCUCGCUCUCCGGCGAGAUCCGCGAGCUAGUGGUAUACCUCAACCACUGCGACAGCGCCGAGAGCACGCCGUACUACCUGCCGAAGGUGCGGGGCGUGGCAUGGCUGCUCUUCCCCGCGUCAUCGUCGGACGACGACGGCGAUGACGACGACGGCGGGGAUGAGACGCAGUACUGCGUCUCCCUGCUCUACAGCUACUUCAAUGCCAACGGCGAGCCUAACAAUGUGCGGCUGGAGCGCACGGCGCACCACCUGCUGAGCCGGGCGAUCAAGCUUGCGGGCGGGAUCGAGGCGGGCUACGAGAAGCGCGUGCACCACGACCUGGUGAUUCCGCGCGAGGAGUUCCAGGACCGGUAUCUUGCGCUGCGGGCGAAGCACGCCACCCGCCUCGUUGGCGGGUGGAGGGAGAAGACGGAUCCCAGGAAACAUGUCUUUGAGGAUAUACUCAUCGCGACGUUCUUGAUAUGUCUGUGGGAACGCAUGUACCAGGGCAAGGAGAAGAAGGGGUGGAUGGGAUUUGUCGAUAUCGGCUGUGGCAAUGGCGUGCUGGUCGAUGUGCUCCUCCGCGAGGGCUGGACGGGCAGUGGGUUCGAUGCCAGGGCGAGGAAGAGCUGGGAUGGGUUUGAGGCAAGGACGAGGCAGAGGCUGCGCGAGAUGGUGUUGGUGCCGUAUCUAAUGGAUGAUGGCAUAGAAACGGGGAAGGGGGAACAUGAUGGACGGUUCGAGGAGGGCACGUUCAUCAUCUCCAAUCACACGGAUGAGCUGACGCCGUGGACGCCGAUUCUGGCGGCCGCGAGUAAUUGCCCCUUCAUUGCUAUCCCCUGCUGCUCGCAUGAUCUUUCGGGCGCGAAGAAACGGUUUCCGCCGCCGAAGGAUCUGCAGAGUGAGCAGAGCGGGGAUCUGAGAUUGAAUAUGAACCUCUCUAAGAGUACGUAUGCUAGUCUGUGUGCGUACGUGGAGAGGAUCGCACGAGAGUGCGGAUGGGUUGUUGAACGAGAGGUGCUCAGGAUUCCGAGCACGAGGAAUGUCGCUGUCAUUGGCCGGAGGAGGAAGACCAAUUUCCUGGUAGAUGUGGCGGAGGUUGUUCGGAGGGAGGGAGGUGCUACUGGGUGGAGGGAACGGGUUGAGGAAUUGAGAAAGAAGGAGAGCAUAUGUCAUUAGAUUCAGUACUUGUAUUGGUAUAUGUAACAACGCCCGAACGCCGUGAAUCUAUCAUCAUCUGCCCUGGCCGCGUGCACCGUCUAAGGCGCCGCAGGCGUAUCAAUGAACACAACCAGAAUGAACCUCGCAUCUAUUUCCACAUUAGCCUGAGCCCUCCAACCCCCCUCUCACGGCUUCAACGCACCAGGCACAACGACCAGCUCCCUCCUCCUGGUCC